AUGGUAUCUGGUGUUUCGACCGAGGUGAGACAAAGUGCCAUGGAUGCGUUUGUCACCUUGGCUUCUCAUCUGCGGCCUGGAGACUGUGGGGAUCAGGUCUUGAUGCCUGUGAUCUCUCUGUCGCAAAGCAACGAUGAUGAGGAUGCACGGAGCAUGGCGGUGCAAUUACUUGGUCAUUUGGCAGAGGCCCUGGGCCCCGAUCUCUGCAAGCAGUUCGUGGGUGUUCAGUUGGAGGCCUUUUGUGAGGAUCAUGACGUGGACUUCACGCGAACCCCCAACCUGCCAAAGAAUCAGGUGGCUUCUGAGUUGGGCCAUGCUCUACGACUCCGAGGCUAUUGCACCGUGAAGCUGGGCUCUUCCAAGGAGCAGUUGGACAGCUUGACUUCAGCAGCCAAAGAUCUCCAGCAACGUGGUGAGCUGCAGCCGCCACCAGAAGAGCUGCUGGACAGCUUUCUGGGUCCCAACGGCACGGGUGCCUUCGCUCCAUUGGCAAAAUCUGAAGCCCCAGAGUCUUUAGUGACCACAAGCAGCAGGAUGCAGGAUUUUGCCAAAACGGCACUUGCAGCCUGCGAAGUGGGCUCAGUGACCGGCAUUGUGACUGAGGACUACUUGGUUCAAGGCGGUGGCUGUGAGGGUGAGAUCGACCUCACUGAAGCCGAUUGCAGUGACUGGAUCCGGACCUUGUCGCGGGCCAGGAUGAUGAUGAUCUACUUCUUCGGCAAGGGCCAAGGAGUUCUGGAGAUCAUGCCUUUUAGUGAGGAGGAGAUGGAGUCCAUUGAGUUCGUCACGGAGUCUGACAUCUUGGUCAUGCUGCAGCCGGAGAUCUCCUUGCACAAACAUGUUUCCACCCGCGGCAUGUUUGCAGUUGUGUCCUGGGUCUUGGAUGAAGGACCUUCGACCACACGGGGCUGGAGCGGUGGUAUCUCACGCACCUUUGGCGCGGUGAACCCUGCCGUGAAGGAGUUGCAGGAAUGGUCUCAGGAUCGCAUAGAAGAGCUGGCAGCCUUGCAUGCUGCACAGCAGUUGGAGGCUUUAGAGGCGCCACUGCCACGGGACUGGGAGCGCAUGGUGCGACACAGCUAUUUUUCUGGAGAGCACCUGCCCAUUGCAGUUCGUGGACAAGCUGGUCACCACGCCACCAGCAGCGAUAGCCACAAUUGGUGGAGCGCUACAGCUACUGGCACUGACAUGGUGAUGGAUGUGCCAUUCACCCGAUGGGAACAUGGUGAUAUCUAUGACCCAGAUCCAAACUGUUGGAUGGAGUCGCAGAUCUAUUUUGGACCCGGGUGUCUGAUCAAAACCAGUGUCAAGCACGUGCAAUUCAUCGAAGGUGUUGAACUCUUUGACAACAAAUUCUUCGGUCUCUCCAAUAUGGAGGCCUCAGGUAUGGACCCACAACAGCGCCAUGUGUUGGAAACGAGUUACGAGGCACUCUUCAAUGCAGGCUACCGGAAGAACUCCUUGAUGCGACAGUACAUUGCCGUUUUCACGGGGGGCACCAACCCAGAGUUCGUGUACGUUCCCAAAGAGGUGGGUGCCUGCAGUGGCACUGGGGCCUCAACUGCCAUUACUUCCAAUCGCGUCUCAUUCUUAUUGGGCAUCAUGGGUCCCAGUACCACCAUCGAUUGCGACCUUAGCUCCAGUGCCAUGGCUCUGAUCAUGGGAAACUCUGCAGUUUCCAAUCAGAACCCUCGGCGCAACAAGACCGGUGGUACCAGCUCGGCAGCCGUUUGCAGCGGGGUCUACUUCAUCCUAUCGCCCCUGCUUUGGCCGCGCUGGAAUGCCUUCAUGAACCCAGCAGGGCGAUGCUUGAGCUUCGACGCCCAAGCUGCUGGCUACGUCCUGGGCGAAUGCAGUAUCUCGGUGGUGCUGAAACCCUAUGCGGAGAAGGUCGAGAAUGAGUUGGUUGUACCUCAAGAGCCACUCAUUGGGAGCAUGGUUGGUUGGCAUGCGGUGAACAAUGGUCGCAAUGCAAGCUUGUCGGCUCCCUGCGGGCCGGCUGAGCAGGAGGUCAUUACGGAGUCCUUUCGCAUGGCCAAUUUGAAUCCGUUGGACCUGGACGCCAUGGAGUGCCACGCGGAGGGCGCCAAGUUGGCGGAUUCCGUGGAGCUCAGCGCCGCGCUGAGCGUCUUGCGGAAGGUCCCCGGUGGCGAGCAGGAGAUGUUGAUCUUCGGGUCCUGCAAGACCAACACUGGAAUCCAGCGCGAGGCUUGCUUUAUGUCUGCUUUCCUGAAGGUGCUGUUGAACAUCAGCUAUGGCAACAAUGCGCCAAACGUUCACUUAAAACAGCUGAAUCCCUACUUCGAGCCUGGUGAUGCUGCCCACUGCAUCAACACGGAGUCAAUGCCAUAUGGCGACUGCCGCGCUUUCCAUGGAGCUGGCGCAAGAGGAUGGGGUGGCACCAGCAUCAACCUCGUGUGCUGGGGAGCUGCGAAAAGCGCCCAGCCCAAGGGGAAAUCCAUGAGGCAAUCCUUUGCCUAUUGGCCCAGAGGCGGAGAGAUGGACAAGAGCUACUAUUUGCUGGGCUCUUGGAACAAAUGGAAACCAGAAGCCAUGACACGCAAUGAGAAUGGCAGCCACACUACGGUAGUGACGCUUGGUCCCGAUGGCUUCGAAAGUUUGCUGGUGAGUUUGGAUCAAGAUUGCCAAGAGGUGUUGCACCCCGAGCGGCCGAAUGCCACCAGCGGCAGCCGCGCGUUUGGUCCGAAUCCAUUGUUUCUGGUGCAACAGAACCACCUCAGCUGGGUCAUUGAUGGCCGUGUUUGUCCUCCAACUGGAGCUGCACUGGCACGAGCCAGGGAUGCUGGUGAUCCGGGAGACAAGUACCUGAUCAAGCUUUGGAAAGGCCAUUUGGGAGUAGCUGUGACCUGGGAACGUGGCUGUGGUUAA